AUGCCGACCGUAGCCGUCAUUGGAACUUGCGACACCAAGUUUGACGAGUUGCGUUUCUUGCGCGACCGGGUGCGGGAUCAUGAAUCCGUCGAUACCAUCAUGAUUGACGUUGGCUGGCGGGCGACCGAGCAUAGCGACAUCGCCAUGUCGCAACAGCAGCUCAUCGCCAAGUACGGCGAGGGCAAGGACGUAUCGUCGCUCCCCCGCGGCGAGUUCAUCACCUUCAUCUCCGCAUGCGCGGCCAAGGCCGUCAAAGACCUCUACGAGAACCGGUCCAUCGACGGCAUCGUUUCCGCCGGCGGCUCCGGCGGCACCUCGCUCGUCUCGUCCGUCAUGCGGGACGUGCUGCCCAUCGGCUUCCCGAAGCUGAUCGUCUCCACCAUCGCGAGCGGCGACACGGAGCCCAUCGUCGGCGAGACGGACAUUGCGCUCAUGUAUUCGGUCGUCGACGUCGCCGGCCUGAACCACGUCCUGCGGGGGAUCCUGAGCAACGCCGGCGCGGCCAUCGGCGCGGCAGCGGUGUCCUUUUCCAAGACAAGGGCCGCCGACGCCGAACACGACUCCGCAGCGUCGUCGGAGAAGAAGAAACGCGUCGGCAUCACCAUGUUUGGCGUGACCACGCCCGGCGUGGACGCGAUCCGCGCGCACCUCGAGGGCAACUACCCAAUCGAGACGUACGUCUUUCACGCCACCGGCCGCGGCGGGAAGGCGAUGGAGCGACUGGUGCGGGAGGGCACUCUCGACGCCGUCGUCGACCUCACCACGACGGAGAUUGCCGACUUCGUCGUCGGCGGCGUCAUGCCGGCCGGCGAGGACCGCCUCGACGCCGCCGUGCAGCGGGGCAUCCCCAACAUCGUCUCGCUCGGCGCGACCGACAUGGUCAACUUUGGCGCGCGGCGCACGGUGCCGCCUGUGCUGGCGGAGGGCCGCGCCGUCGUCGAGCACAACCCGCUGGUGACGCUGGUGCGCACGUCGCCGGAGGAAUGCACCCGGAUCGGCGAGUUCAUCGCCGGCAAGCUGGCGCGGACGGAGCGCCCGGACGCGACGCAGGUCUGGAUCCCGAGGGGCGGCGUGAGCAGUCUGGCCGGGAAGGGCAAGCCGUUCGCGGACGCGGCGGCUGACGAGGCGCUGUUUGAGGCGCUGCGGAAGGGGCUCAAGGACACGGGGAUCGAGAUCAUCGAGGACGAUAGGGACGUCAACGAUGUAGAGAUGGCCAAGGAAAUCGCGGUUUCGUUGGCGCGGAAGCUUGGUCUUGAGUCUUGA